AUGCAGUUCAAGCUUUCUGUCGUUGCGGCGCUUGCCGCUGCCGCCUCUGCCGCCGUUACUCCCGCCCGUCUCGGCUGCGGCACUCAUGAUCCCACCCCUGAGCACAUUGAGAUCUCCAAGAAGUUUGCCGAGGAGGAGGCUGCCAACAAUGGCACCAUGAGCCUGAUGGCGGCUACCAUCAACGUCAACGUCUACUUCCACGUCGUUGCCUCCUCUCAGACCGUGGCAAACGGCUACCUCACCGACAAGAUGCUGGCUGACCAGCUGGCCGUCAUGAACGAUGACUUUGCCCCCCACGGCAUCUCUUACACCCUGGUCGAGACCAGCCGCACCAUCAACGCCAACUGGGCGCAGGACGGCGACGAGAUGGCCAUGAAGCGCGCCCUCCGCAAGGGUACCUACAAGGACCUCAACCUGUACUUCGUCCGCAGCCUUGGCGGCAGUUUCGGAUACUGCUACUUCCCCACCACCGCCGCUGCCGGCUCGACCGCCUACAUCCGCGACGGCUGCUCCAUCCUCUCCUCCACCGUCCCCGGCGGCAGCUCGACAAACUACAACCUCGGCAAGACCGUCACCCACGAGGUCGGCCACUGGUUCGGCCUCUACCACACCUUCCAGGGCGGCUGCACUGGCUCCGGCGACUCCAUCGCCGACACCCCAGCCCAGGCCAGCGCCUCUAGCGGGUGCCCUACCGGUCGUGAUUCCUGCCCUAGCCAGACUGGCCUUGACCCCAUCCACAACUACAUGGACUACUCUUACGACUCUUGCUACGAGGAGUUCACUCCUAACCAGCAGACUCGCAUGUACAGCUUCUGGAACCAGUAUCGCGCUUAG